AUGCCCUCAAACGACACUGGGGCACCACACAAUUCCAAGGCGUCACCCGUCUCACAAGAUCAAUCAACACAGGAGUUUCAUCGAACACAUGAGACGGAUAUGUCGGCGUAUCUCGGCCCAGGAAAUGAUAGGAUUUCUGGUACUGCGACGGAUAUCACCGACCCAUCUCUUCAGUGGCUACGAUGUCAAACGACGCCUUUUAUGCCCGGCUUCCUCUUCGAUAUGUUCAAUGAUACCCAAGGAAGCAUGAUAAGUCUUGAUUCAUUUCCAAGUCAGGCCCCUGUGCCUCAAAGAACGACGCUGCCAUUUUUGAAACGAUUUACAGAGUCAUCUGGCAUCGCUGAUGGCUUCGACUGCGGGACGCUGGCUCAGAGACGGCAACUCUAUGAUUCAAUCGAGGAUUCCCAGUGCCAGUUCUUGAAGAGCAAGACACGCGAGAUUGCGACAAUGAUGAAGAGAACAAUGAGCCGGACACAGCCAUGCUCUAAUAUCGGCCUAGAAUGGUCUCCAGUGAUGGAGAAGGGAUGUUUCGAAUUCUUCUCCCCCGUCAACCUGCAGAGGUUCCUCCUCCUUUUCUGGUCAGGCUGGUAUCCCAAUAAUCCCAUCAUCCACCGGCCAACCUUCAAUCCCGAGUCAGAACCGCCGGGGCUGGUUGCAUCCCUGGCUGUCCUGGGGGCGUGCAUGUCACCAGAGCCGGGCGACUGUGUACGAGCGAUGGCGUGGCUUCCCGCUGUUGAAGAAGCAGUCUUUAGCGAUGGUAUCUUAUUCGAUGAUUCGGUUGUUGCUUCUUCGGAUCUGAUCGGUGAUGAGCAGGUGGUAUGGGAUCGGAUGAAGGCGCUGCAGGCUGCGUACUUUGUCUGCAUUGCUCAAAAUUGGGAGGGAUCCAAGGAUGGCAAACAGCGCAUUCGAAAAGAACGAUACAGCCACAUCGUCUCGAUAGCGAGAUCCUUCGGCCUCUAUAAUUUAAGCCUUGGGUCACUAGAUGCCACAUCACCUACCAAACAGAAGUGGACAAAGUUUAUUUUAAUAGAAAGCAUGAUCCGGACAGCAACGUACAUCUAUCUUCUCGACUCGGCCUUUCUUCUCUUCUGGAGACUUCCUCCAAGAGUCAUGUCUCUCGAGCUCAACACAGGGCUCGUGUGCCCUGAAGUCUGCUUCCAGGCAGCAUCAGCAGCGGAAUGCUUUCUGCAUCUGUACACUGCGACGAAAGCAAGGCAAAACCAGUUCAGGUUAAGAGUCUCAUCUUGUGUUAGGCUGUUGUGCUCUUCUCAACAUGUUGACUUGGACCUAUUCCGCAACCUCAGUUCCUUCAACAUGUUUACUAUUGUAUCAGCUCUAUGCUGUUUAGUAUUCCAGUACCAGACUACCCUGGUGGAUGUGUCACAGAUGUCCCCGGCUGCUACAGGGCUUAGUCGGUGGUUAUGGUUAUGGCGCCAUGGCGAUAACAUCAAAUCCAGCUCUACAGACUUUCCCAGUGGUGCCAUUUGGGGCCGCAUUGGCUUUAUGCAGCACGCUGAUGAGUACCAUCAUCUUGCCUGUGCCAUGCUUGAGAGAUGGAAACAUGAUGAGAGCCAGAUCAGAGCGAACUUGGCCGUUUGGGCAACUCCUUUUGGACAGGUACAAGGCACCCCAAAGUAUGAUGACAGGGAAAUGGUUCAGGUCAAGGCACUCAUUCACGAGAUGGAGAACAUGUCGUACUAG